UGUUAGCCCCCAAGACUUGAAUGAAUUGUUUAACCUUUCCAUUUCUAGAAGUUUCGACCGUCUUUAGACCCGUGAGUCAUAUUGUACCAGAGAUUUUAGGGUAUAAAUGUCUGACUGUUCACCUACAUGCUCAUACACCAUCAGACCCACGACUUCAAUAGAUUCAAGAUUUGCUGACAUUCAGUUCGAAUCUCUUUCAAUUAUUUUAAAAUUCUCUCGUAAGGACUACAUAGGAGUUGUUGAGUGCAUGUCGUGUUCUAGAAUAAUAAAGUUCUAGCAGUUCAACCGAUUCACCGAUUGAAUUCCGUUUUUUUUCCUGCUCCCAGACGUCUUUAGACAGUUUCUUCAAGCGUGCUGAAGGAUGAAGACAUUUGUUAUUUUCGCACUUGUUGUUGCUCUGGCUGUCUUACAAGCGGACGCCAGGAGUAAAGGUAAACCAAAGUUGAAGUUGCCAUCUUUCAAGAGGUCAAAUUGGAAGCCAAAGAUUACAAAAUUUACAAAUCGCGGGAUUUCCAAGUUAGGAAAGUUAACUGGCAAGCUGGCUUCUGAAUGUCUAGUCCAUCUUUCAACGUGUCUUGUGAGCUACGGUAUCGACCGGGCUGGGAACGAAGUGGCGGAUCAGUCUGUCUACUGCCAAGACUUGGCCAAAGUUAUCGAGUGUGCUGUGAAUAUGUGUACGACCAAAGUACCGUACCUAGCUGCAAGUGUCCAGGCUCUCAUAGACCGUCAGAUGGAAAAAUAUCAGCACCCAUGCAAAACUGAGCAAUGGGACGAAAUUCAACCUUCGGAUGUAAUUCCGGCAUUCGACGAAUUGCAGUCUUCAGGUGAAAUCCACGAAUUUGGCGAAAUUUAGCCAUUUGAUGAUUAUCAGCCAUACUUUUAGUUACCAUCCAAUAACAACCUUUCAAUAUUACAUGUGUUUUUAUUGU